GCUAACUUUGUUGCUCUUCAAGCGUGGAGUGGCCACCCCGCGGCGGCGGCGGCGACAGUAAAGACUAGGGCGGAUGGCUGAAGAGGCUGAGGCGGAGUACCAUUCGAAGGACUUCGAAUGGGAGGAUCUACGUCGCGUGGUGGAGAACGAUUCCUCGCUACGCUACCAUCUCACCCCUUUCGUGUCUUCUUCGUCUUGUGCUGCUCCCGCCAUGGAGGCAGACGCCUGGCGUAGCUUCCAUCGUCGCCAUUCCGCCGGGAAGUUCUUCAAGGAAAGAAGGUAUUUGCUGAAAGAAUUUCCGGAGCUUAUUCGCAUUAGCGAUUCCGUCAAGGUCCUUGAGGUGGGAUGUGGAAAUGGGAGCACUGUCCUUCCUAUCUUACGUGCAAAGCAGAAUAUUACAGUCUAUGCUUGCGAUUGUAGUGAAGAGAUCCUUAGAAAAGCAGAAGAGAUUAUAGCCACUGGAAGUGCUAUUUCUCUAGUGCCUCGGUUCUUCACUUUCUUGCUUGAUGUCUCUGUAAAUGAUUUCCCUGAUUGGUUAUUCUGCACUUCUUGUCGAAGGAAUUCAUCUCCAGAGCCAGCUAAUUUCUCAUCAGAUUCUAGAGGAGAAAACUUGGAAAUGUCGCACAUGUCAGCCUUCUUAAGAGAAGAUCAGUGUUGCAUUGGUGGAGUUGAUUUCGUAACAAUGAUAUUUACACUCUCAGCAAUUCCUUUCAAAAGAAUGCCCUCGGUUAUUGAGAAAUGUCUUUCUGUUUUGAGACCUGGAGGCUUGCUUUUAUUCAGAGACUACGGUCUUUAUGAUAUGACCAUGCUUCGAUUUUUGUCGGAGCAAAGAGUGGGAUUCUGUGAAUACAUGCGAUCUGAUGGCACUUUUUCAUACUUCUUCUCACUGGAUACUGCAAGAAAUCUCUUCCUUGCUGCUGGAUUCACUGAGGUGGAGCUCACAUAUUGUUGUAUAACAUCCGUGAAUCGGCAGAAAGGAAAGUCGAUGCAGAGGGUUUGGGUUCAUGGAAAGUUCCAAAAGCCUGUUUGAUGCUUCAUAUACCAACUUCCAUGGAGAGCAUGCAGCAGAUUGAUCAGUAAUUAAUUCAGAUGAAGUAUUCAAUCCCUCAUCACCUUCUUCUUCUUCUUCCCCUUCUUUGCACCAUGGUGAUGAUGACACACAGCUUGGCAAGGGAGAUGAUGAAUCCUUUGAAUGAAGUUAAGGGUGCCCUUAAUGCCUACGCUGCAAGCAGUGAGAUCAGCAACCAUCACAACAUACCUAGAGAUCAGUAUAAUAAUCACAACAUAGCUAAGGGAGUGGAGAUGAUGGUGUUGAUUAAGUAAAUCAAUAUUAUUUAGUGUUGGAUUUGACCACCUAAAUAUUUUCAGGGUUUAGGGUUUGUAUCUUGUAGCUAUAUUUUUGCAUCAACUAUAUUCACUGAUAUACUUGUUCAUGAUUCUUCCUUGUAAUAUAUAUAUAUAUAUAUGCUCAA